AUGAGUCGUAUCUCGGCUUCCAGAGACGAAACAACGAGUGGAGGAAGCUACCAACGACGAGAUUCGUCUUCUAGCUACCGAAAUCCUUUUGCCAAACAGAAAUCUUUUUCGAAAAUAGGCUCAGAAUUGAAGGGCCAGGAUCUGCGACUAGAGAGAGAAGGCAGACUGAUCAAAGUGAAUAGUGUGCCUGUGGUUGUGUUGGAUAGCAGUGACGCGGAAGAUGCCAGCAGUAGCUCACAGUACAGCAGGGAGGAUACAAGAGAUGGGAGGCUAUCUUUGGAUGCACUUUUGGAUGUAAAAUCCACUCGUAUCUAUCCAUCAUUUCUGGAAGAGACGCCUGUUCCAACUCCCUAUACAAGCAGGAGAUCAGCAGAGAAAGCUCGAAAACGAACUGGUUCUCUGCGUUCUAGUCUUCAAGGUUCAAUCACAUCUCAUAGUUCACGUAACAAUGCAAGGUUGUUAGUUGAUGACAAAGAGGCGUCUGCAUCAAGUCAUUUGGGUAUGGAUACAAAGAAACGGAAGAUAGAAUCAAAUAUGGAAGAGAAGUAUGCAAAUGUGACUGGACGCAAGGUGAGCCAGCCAGUGAGACGAGAUCAAACGAGGCAACAAGAUGCUUUACGUCAAAAUACCAGGUUGCCGUCAGCAUGUUCCUCAUCACCUAACACUCGGUCUCGUCCCACCAUGAAUACGGAAACCAAUAAUGAUGAAAUGUUUGACCUGUUGCAGAGCUCAAAACCAUCUGAAAGAGCACAGAGAUACCAAGACAAAUUUUCCUCCAUGUUUUCCCCUCGUCAGGAAUCAGUUAAAGCAAUCACAAACAGCGCCACUCCUCGUCUGCCUCUUAGACAUGACUUGGGUGCAGGUCAAUCAUCAAAUGCUGUUUCAUUUUACAGUCAAGAGUCAGUGACUACUUCAGAGAAUUCCAGGCCUCCUCGGAAGGCUGCAAACGAGCCAACAAAACAUGACAAGAAAGUGAAACGACUAAGAUUGAGACCGUCGGUUGGAACAGAGAAGAGUUGUAGACGAGAAACAAAAGAAUGGAAGAAACCAGAGUGUAUUGUACUAGACUCAGGAGACGAUGAUGAGAAGUUGGAUAGCAGAGUUAAGGCAACCGGAGGGUCGGAGGAGACUAUGGAAGAGAAUCAAUUGCAUAGUCGCAGCAGCAUCAAAGGCUCAACAAAGACAUCAGAAGAAAUGCCUGACGACAAGCAACUUAAAACAAUUAAGCCACUAGUGGAUGAAGAUCUUCAUAAAGUCGACUUGCCACUUAAAGCUUUGAUGAUCGGCACAUUGUGGCUCAAACCAACAACACCAGCUGUGUUUAGACAAGACAUCAUCAGUGUCCAAUACACUAAUCCACUUGCUCUUGACAGGCAACGUGAAAGAUGUCUUACUAUUGCCAUAAAAGACAUAUCUGUAGUUAAGUCUAAUCUAUUUAAUGAGUCGUGUCCCACUCCUGUGGUGGCUCUCCAGACACGUCAGAGUACGACGUUGAAGUUGAGAUCAAGCUUUACGAUGAAAGACGGAAGCAGCUGUCAAUAUCAUCCUAAUAGCAAAGUACUGGCUGAGCAAUUUAUAGUGCUGGUGCUCAAAGAAUGUCUCGAGGAUCGCGUUCAGUCUUUUAUUAAAUGCACAGUGGAAAAGGCGACACGGCAAAAUGUGGAGUGGCAGGAGCUGAGCAAAGAUGAAUGUCACAUUUUUCUUUCAAACGUUCAUGUUGGUGAGAAAACAGAGACACUACAGCAAGAUGAACAUGUGCAUCUUGCUGGAAAUACAAUGAAGCAACACAGGACUCGAUCAACUGUAAAUACAGACACACCUCAGAGCUCACGACGACGUAUCUACAAGGAUGAAGAAAGUGAUAGUAACGACGACAAAGAACUUCCAUUGUUGAGUGAAGAUCUUGACGAGCCUGAAAGAAUAGUACUUCGUUACAAGUCAGGCUGUACGUAUGGUGCAAUAGGAAUCACAAUCAUGACAUCUGACAUUUCACUUCUCAAACCUACAUCUUGGCUGAACGACAAAAUUGUCAACUUUUAUCUAAUGUAUCUGUAUGACUCUGUUUUGAGCGAACAUCAAAAAGAGCAAACAUACAUAUACAGCACAUUUCUUUAUGAGAAGCUCAAGGAGAUGAAUAAGAAGCAAAAACGACACUCUGAAUCUGUUUCUGUUGAAGAAGACAAGAAGCAGUUGCGUAGAUGGACAAAGGACGUUGAUCUGCUAAGCAAAGACUUUCUAGUCAUUCCAAUAAAUCAGAGCAAUGUUCAUUGGUACGUGGUCAUUGUGUGCUAUGCACAUUUGGCAUUUUCCAACACUAAUCAAUCAAAUUUGGAGCAUUUGUUGGCAAAGAGAUCAUCGAGUGUGUCAUGUGAACGAAGUCCAAGAGGUCGUGUAACACUUAACAGUCAAGAUAAUGAAAUGACAAGUCAAUUGGGUCAAGGAGUAACAUUUGAAACUGAUGUAGCAAGUAACGUCCAUAUUGAUAGCACCAAGCACUCGAACUCAUUACCUGAUAGUUGUGAUUUAUUGGAGACUAAUUCAACAGACUUGGAAUGGUCAGACAAAGAACUAAGCACCACUACUUGUAAAAAUACCUACACUGAAAGUAAUACAACGACUUCUGUUUGUGACUCAACUGACAUGAACGACAGAACUGCGAAUGCAGACCAGAAUGGUGAGCCAUCAGACUACUUCCGAUCUUUGGCAGGCCAAUCUGAUUUGUCAUGUAGUGAUGACGUGAAUUUGUUUGAUGUGCCUCCAUUCGAAAGUAGUGACAUAGGUUGUGGUCAGGCCAAGGAUACGAAUGCUAAGAUGCUGAGUGAAAAGGCUCGUUCAGUGGCUCAAAGAUGGGCACAGGUGACCGAGGCGGAUGGACACCAGAGUGGAAUGGAGAGCGGUAGUGACGAGUGUACAAGUGAAAAGAAACACAUGAUCAGCGUUUCAUCAUCUUCACAAAUAGAGAAUGAGGAAUCAACUAAUGACAGCAUUGAUUCUGCUUUCUCUCGUCCUCUAUCAUCAAGGAAGAAACAGGUCAAACAAUCCAGGAGAAGACCAAAUAAAGAAAUCGUUGCGGAAUCGGUGGAACAAAAGCCGUGCAUCUUGUUUUUUGACUCGUUAAGAUCUUCAGGGAAAAAGACAUUAUCAGCCAAGUUGAUACGAGACUACUUGACCAGUGAAUACCAGUCACAGCAGCCAGAUUGCAACUUUGAGUUUGAUUCUAAAAAUCUUCCAGCAGAAUACCCAAAGGUUCCGAGUCAACCAAACACCUGUGACUGUGGUGUUUUUGUGUGUCAGUUUGUAGAGAGUUUCUUUCAAAAUCCCAUACUAGACUACCGGUCUCCUAUUUUACUCAUUGAUUGGUUUUCAUCGGAAUUCGUUGUUUCACACAAGAGACAAGAGUUACGGAAUCUGAUAGAGGACUUAGGUAAACGUAAAGACAACGAAACGCAGUCUGAAGAGUCUAAACACAACGGAUGUAGAUAAUGUGAAUAUUUUUGAUGCAUUGGAAAACAGUUUUGCGACUGCAUGCAUGAAAUGAAGAUGAGUUUAGUUGUAGUCUUUGUACACAGCUUAUAUUGUCUCACACAGUUAUACUCACUGCAUUUAUUCAAUGACCAGAUUUCUAAGUUUGACAUUUCAAAAUCACAAUCCUGGAUGCUUAGUACAAUAGUUGUAUGCAAACAAGUUAUAAUUAGUGAGGUUAAAUAGUGUAAACAGUUUGAAAUAUACAAUGUAUGUGUAAUUUAC